AUGGUCGCUCAAGAAAACUUGAACCCUAAACUCAGCAUCGCUCCUCUCCCCGGACGUCUGCGCAUGUACGUCCCGCCAGCCAACUUCGGCGCGGUCGAGACAAACUCCAUCUACAGAAGUGGUUACCCAACCAGCAAGAACUUUGACUUUAUCAACAGUCUCAACAUCAGAACCAUUCUCACCCUGGUUCCCGAGCCUCUAUCCGAAGAAUACAUCUCCUUCAUGGAUCAGAACCACAUUCGCCAUUACCAGGUCCACAUCCCUGCCAACAAAGACGGCAAAGUCAACAUUACUCCCGACACCAUGGCCACUGCUCUCGCUGUCGUCCUGAAUCGCAACAACCACCCUCUUCUAAUCCACUGCAAUCGUGGCAAGCAUCGUACUGGCUGUGUGACUGCCUGCUUCCGCAAGACACAGUACAUCCAAAACGAUCCAGCCAUCGCCGAAUACCGCGAUUAUUCAUACCCAAAAUGCCGCGAGGACGACAUGCGCUUCAUCAAAUCUUUUGAUCCCAGCAUCGUGCUUCCCAUCGCCCAAUCACAAGGCUGGCUGCCCACACCACCACCAGAGCCCAAUGAUGGCUUCUGGCACCUCAAGCACCAGACCGAAAUUCCGAGCUAUGAGGACGUCGCUGCCAUCAAAUCCAACGAUGAGCACAGAGAUCAGGUCGCCCGCAUCUCGGUCAAAUGA